CCCUUUGUUCUCCUUUCAAUCUCAUGGAGAUAGAUGAAUACCAAGAAGAAAGAAACAGCUAAGAGGUUUUUCUCUGUUACCCAAAAUCUCUUCAUAGCUCCAUUAUCUCUAUCACCACAUUCAUAGUUCCACUUGCCCCAAGUUCCCACCUUUCCCACAUUCAACCACAAGUUUCUGUUCUCUUUCUCUUCACAUUCCCAAGAAAAUUUGUAACAAUUUUUCUGAGAAUGUGAUUUUCUUUGGUUCAAAUCCAAAAUUUUCAUUAUUGUUAUUUUUUUUUAUUAAUCUUCACUCCUUUUGUGAUAAACAUUUUUCCCUUUCUCUUUCUCUGCUUCACCAUUCCCUUUUUUGGUUCACGUUCAUCGUCACCCACAAACCCCAACCUUCAAGAUUUGAUUUUUCCAUCAAUGUGUGACGCAAAAUCGAAAAUUUCCUAAAACCCAUUUCAAAUGCGGAUCUCAAUUUCACGGGAGACCCCACAGUGCUCGGAUUUUCCGGUGAUCGAGAUCUAAGGUUUCUGCUUCCCCUUUUCAAAGCUUUUGCAGAAAUCAACACUAUCGGGUUCGAUUGGUUCCAAUUCUUCCUUCAUGGGUUCAAUUUUCAUCUGAAAGGUUCGUAAUUCGUUGAUUUCUGCUUCUGGAUCGCUAUGCUCAAGCAAAUCCUCAGCAAGCUUCCUCGGAAGUCGUUGAAGCCCGACUCGGACAAGUCGCCCCGAGUCGACUCGGCUCGUUCCGCCGAUUCGCCACGUGCUGCCGGCAGAAGCAACAAGCCACAUGGCGGAAGUUCUUCCGCCGCCAAGCGAGCUUCUUCGUCGGCGGUGUUUCCGGCGAGCAUGGUGUCCGGAAUUGAACCUUUGGUGCCGUUUAAGGAUGUUCCUAAUGCUGAGAAGAUGAACCUGUUUGUGAGCAAAUUGAGCCUUUGUUGUGUCACAUUUGAUUUCACUGACCCUAGUAAAAGCAGUGCAGAUAAAGAUGUGAAAAGGAAGACUUUGGUUGAGCUUGUUGAUUUUGUGGCUUGUGGGACAAUGAGGUUUAGUGAGCCUGCUAUUCUUGCUAUCUGUAGAAUGUGUGCUAUUAAUUUGUUUAGAGUUUUCCCUCCUAAUUAUAGGGCAAGUGGUGGUGGUGAGAAUGAUGAUGAUGAGCCUCUGUUUGAUCCUGCUUGGCCACAUUUGCAGCUUGUGUAUGAAUUGCUGCUUAAGUUUAUCUCUUCCUCAUGCAUCGAUGCGAAGGUGGCGAAAAAAUAUAUUGAUCACUCCUUUAUUGCCAGAUUGCUUGAAUUGUUUGAUUCGGAGGAUCCUAGGGAAAGGGAUUGCUUAAAGACUAUUCUGCAUAGGAUUUAUGGAAAGUUCAUGGUGCAUAGACCGUAUAUACGGAAAUCUAUUAACAAUAUAUUUUAUCGGUUCGUGUUUGAGACUGAUAAGCCCAAUGGGAUUGGUGAGCUGUUGGAGAUUUUUGGGAGCGUGAUUACUGGGUUUGCUUUGCCCUUGAAAGAGGAACACAAAAUCUUCUUGUGGAGGGUUUUGGUCCCCUUGCACAAGCCGAAAUCUAUUGGGGCCUACUUUCAGCAAUUGUCCUACUGUGUUAUGCAGUUUAUAGAGAAGGAGCCAAAGUUAGCGAGCAUUGUGAUAAGGGGAUUGUUGAAAUAUUGGCCAGCAACAAAUAGCCAGAAAGAGGUGAUGUUUCUGGGUGAACUGGAAGAAAUUUUGGAAGUAAUUAACAUGGUAGAGUUCCAGAGGAUCAUGGUCCCUUUGUUUAGGCGGAUCGGGUGCUGCAUUAACAGUUUACACUUUCAGGUAGCUGAAAGGGCUCUUUUCUUAUGGAACAAUGACCACAUUGUCAACUUGAUUGCACAUAACCGACAAGUGAUCCUGCCCAUCAUAUUUUCAGCUUUAGACAGGAAUGUUCAAAGCCAUUGGAACCCGGCAGUCGUCAACCUAACUCACAAUAUUAGAAAGAUGUUCUUGGAGAUGGAUGAGAAGUUCUUCAUUUCUUGUCAUAAUCACUUUAAGGAGGAAGAAGCAAUCUUGAUCUCAACAGGGGAGAAGCGAAAGGAGGCAUGGAAACAACUAGAGCAUGCAGCCAGUCUAAGGCCAGUAACUGGAAACACUGCAGUUUUAGUGUCCUGACUUGCAUUGCAUGCUGGAUUCUCAAUCCUUGUUAACUUACCUACCUCAUGUUAUGGUGGAAAAUCUUAAGAAAUGUGGAAAAUAGCUGGUUAUUGGGAGUGCCAUUUUGUUUAUGAAUCCAAUGUUCUUAUGAUGCUUCUGGUAGCCAGAUGAAGUGAGAGUGGGUUUUGAUUGCUACUGUGUGGUACAUCAUGAUGAAGGACCAUGCAGUGAAUGAAACCAUUUUCUGUGUAACUUUAUUUCUAAAAUCUUCUGUGUAUGUUCCUACUUGUACUUACAUCAGUCAUUAGGCGCAAGUCUUUAUCCCAAAUCAAUUUGAAAUCGCUAUUAAGGCAUUGAUGUGAUAAGGCUAACAAACCCACCUGAUUUGAAUAAUUGGCUAUUUUUGGAUUUAAA